AAAUUUCAAACACGUUGUCUUCGGCGUUCUUUUUCCCUCAAUAAGUCUUCAUUCGUCGGACAGUUUUGUGCCAGCUUUUGCAGACUAUUUUUACGCCGUCGUGAGUUUUCAACAUUCCAAUAUAAUAAUUUAAUAUAAUGGAGAAGUUUCGAGGCAGAGUGUUGCCCGAAUCUGUCACAGUUAAGCUUGAUAACCUAUGCGCAUUAGGUCAGCUUGUUUUGGCAGAUCUCGAUGAGAGAGCUUUUGACGCACUGAAAGAAUUGAAUGAAGACGGCGCUCUCGCGGUCUUAGAACAGUUCGCAAAUAGCGAUCUAUCGCAUGUACAAAACAAGAGUGCCUUUCUUUGUGGAAUCAUGAAAACACAUCGUGAGAAAAAGCGUCAGGAGCAAAUGGGUCCUCAAGAUUUAUAUGCGGAAAUACAAGAACAGCAACCAGUACAGACUGGCGAAGGGGGGCCGAAUGAGGAGAAAAUUCGUGAACUGCUAGAAAGAACUGGCUAUAGUUUGGAUAUAACCAUGGGACAGAGAAAGUUUGGAGGUCCACCUCCCGGCUGGGAGGGCCCUCCUCCACCGACAGGAACUACGGGCUGCUGUCAAGUGUUUGUUGGCAAAGUACCUCGUGACAUGUUUGAAGAUGAACUCAUCCCACCUUUUGAGAAAUAUGGUCGGAUAUAUGAUUUUCGGCUGAUGAUGGAUCCUCAUACCGGCCAAAACAAGGGCUAUGCUUUCUGCACCUUCGCUGAUCGUGAAUCUGCCCAGAGUGCGUGCAAAGGAUUAGAUAACACUGAAAUCAGAAAGAACCGUCGUCUUGGUGUGUGUAUAUCAAUUGCCAACGAUAGAUUGUUCGUUGGUUCCAUUCCAAAAACCAAGACUAAACAGGACAUAUUGGAUGAAUUCCGUCAACACACAGACAACUUGAAGGAUGUGAUCGUGUAUAUAUCCGCUGAAGACAAAUACAAGAAUCGUGGUUUCGCUUUCCUUGAGUAUGACACCCACAAAGCUGCAGCCCUUGCCAGACGUCGACUGAUGAGUGGACGGGUAAAAGUUUGGGGACAUAUUGUUCCUUCUGUUGACUGGGCUGAUCCACUUGAGGAACCUGAUACAGAAACAAUGGCCAAGGUUCGUGUUGUUCAUGUUCGCAAUGUUUCUCCCAACACAAGCGAAGAAAGUCUGAAGAGUGCUUUUAGCGAACAUGGUGAAGUUGAAAGAGUCAAAAAGCUGAAGAGUUAUGCAUUUAUCAACUUCAAAGAACGAGAGUCUGCUGUGAAAGCUAUUGAAGAAAUGAAUGGUAAAACAAUAGACGGACUUGUUAUUGAAGUAUCCUUGGCUAAACCACCACAGAACAGAGAAAAACGUCAUGGACAGUCGGGCUUUGGUGCUUUAAAUGCUCCUGGGAGAGAUCAAGGUGGUGAUAUGGGUAGAGGUCGUGGUCGUGGGAUGGGUCGAGGAGGACCUAGAGGUCGUGGUCGUGGAGGUCCUAGAGGAGGUGGUUAUGGUGGUGGAUAUAAUGAAGGAUAUGGUGGUGGUUAUGGUGAUGGGUAUGGAGGAGGUUAUGGUGGUGGAUAUAACGAAGGAUAUGAUGAUGGAAGUGGAUAUGGUGGAGGAUAUGGUGGUGAUGGUUAUGGUGGUGGAUAUGAUGAUAGUUAUGGUGGUAGUUAUGGAGGUGGUUAUGGUGGAGGGUAUGAUGAUAGUUAUGGUGGUGGAUAUGAUGAUGGUUAUGGUGGUAGUGAUUAUAGUUCAGGAUAUGGAGGUGGUUAUGGUGGACGAGGUCGUGGUGGGUCUCAGAGAGGUCGAGGUGGACCAGGUACACCUAGGGGUGGUCCUCGUGGUCGUGGAGGACCAGGUACUCCUAGAGGUGGUCCUCCUGGACGAGGUGGAAGAGGAGGUCCAGGUGGUCCAGGCCGUGGUGGUCCUGGAGGACGUGGAAGCAGAGGUGGUCCAAGGGGAGGUCCGCGAGGUGCUGGUCCGCAACAAGCAAAGCGAAAAUUUGAAGGAGAUGGAGCUGGAACCGUUAGCUAUCCUGAACCAAAAAGACGUUUCAACCAAGCUGGUUCUCAACCAAUUGCUCAGCAGCCUCUGGAGCAGAAUAACCAAAGUUAUGGUGGUGGAUAUGACCAGAGCAACCAAUGGUACCAAGACUCAUCAUACCAACAAUGGAGCUAAACCUCCUUUCAUUAAUUUCAGAAUCUGAAUUUUCUUUUUUCGCUUAUAAAGUUUCUGAAUUUCUCCAAUCAGUUGAAUACAUAGAAGCGAUAAUUGACAUACCAUUUGGCUUGCUUUUUCUAAAGUCCAAGUCGUGCUGUAGAUGCUGUUUUUAACCUUAAACCAUUGUUUUAGUCUGGAAACAAAGCUUUCUAGUUUCUGCUGUAUAUAAAAGCACCUAAAGAAUAGAAACAUAAUUCCUCCAAGCACUGAGGAAGAACAAAAACAAAUUGAGAAUUUUCAUAGCUUUUACUCUUGUUUAGAAAUGUUUUAGUCUGAGUUUGUCAUAUGUAAAUAAUCAAAUUAUUUGUUUGUUUGGUGUUUCAAAAACUAAAGCCUCUGUCUGCUUUUCCUUUGAGCUUAAUUAUUGUUUAUCCAUUUUAUUAAAACUAAUAUAAUCCAGUGUGUUAUUCGAUUGAACAUUCCAUUGCGGUAUUUUAACAUAAAAAUAUUUAGGAGUGCAACUUCAGAUCAAUGCAAAACCAUACCAACCAACAAAAUCAUGUUGAAUGAAAAACUAUAAAACAAUUUGUUGCAAGGUCAAUCGGUUUUUAAGUAGGAACAAAUUAUAAAAUUGAAAAAAAACCACUUAAAAACUAUGAUGCAACUAUUGAGGUAAGUAUGAAUUAUUUGUGUUAUUCUGUUAAAUGUCAAUGGCAGUGGAACAGAAGGUAAUUUAAACCGAAUAGAGAACUCAUGAAGCAUGAAAUUUUGGAGAAAACAACUGCUUAUCAAAAACAUAAGCUUGUCAAUAUAGUAGGGUUGAAUAGGUCAUUUCUUUCCUUGUGAAGCUUUCGUUUGAAAUUGAAUUUCGGUUGAACACAUUUACCUCGCUUCCUUUUUCACAUUUUAUAAAGUGAAAUAAGUGAGUAUUUUUAUUUUCACUUUGAAGAGAAAGAAAGAGACAAAAUAUAAUCAAUUUAGGUUGAGAGUAAUACCGUUCUUUUGGCGGCGUCAAAUUUUAGAGAAAACGUUUGAUAUUAAUGGUGAAAAUAGAAGAAAAAAAAGUAUCCACGCAUAAUUAUUUUUCGCUUUCACACAAGUAAUUCCGAAUUUUGAUUCCUUUUCAAUAUAGGAAUGAAACGGUAAGUAUCAAUUCAUUAGUGGUGAAUAAUAUUUUUACCAGCAUACAGAAACGUGAAAAACACCAUUUUUUUUGUUUCAGUUUCCCGUCUGGCCCCUGACCACGGAAAAUAUUUCGAUCGGAAACGCCCAUGUAAGUACUAUGUCAAAUUUG